GGGCUAGAGGAGGGAAGAGGAGGAGGAGAGUGAAUGAGAGCUGCUGGAUCGGCUUUGCCUGGCUGCGUGCAUGUCCAUCCGUUGUCAGCAGAAAACGCUUGGGUGAUACAAUCCUUGCCUCUUGGUAUAUUUUUAUUUUUCAUACAUCUUUCUGAGGAAUAACCACGGAGCAAUGCUUUCUCUAUCAUCUGCAAACGGGGCUGCAGUUUAGGCACCGACAGCUGCUACCUCAGCCGAACCCCCCUCCCCAUCCUCAGCACCUUGUCCCAUCCCGUGGCGCGCCUCCCUAUGCCCUUGUCCUCCGCGACUCCUCUCACCUCCCUGGCCAGUAUAUGGAUAGAAGCUCCCUGUUUCAGCUCAUACAAGAGCAGCUGGACCCAGAGAACACCGGAUUCAUCCCAGUGGAGAACUUCACCAGCCUGGUGGAGCACCAUGAGCUGCAGCUGGACCCGUCCAAGCUGGACAUGCUGUUAGCACUGGUCCAGAGCAAUGAAGAGGGGCAGGUGUGCUACCAGGAGCUCAUCGAGCUGAUGAGCAGUAAGCGCUCGAGUAGUUUCCGACGAGCCAUCGCCAAUGGGCGGCGCACACUGCAGAGGGAGAUCCUGCUUGACGAGACGGGGCUGGGCCUGUACAAGCGUUUUGUCCGAUAUGUGGCCUAUGAGAUCCUGCCUUGUGAGACUGACCGCCGCUGGUACUUUCACCAGAACCGCCUGUGUCCCCCACCCGUCUUCAUCGCCGUGGUCACUAUAGUGCAGAUUAUUGUGUUCAUGUGCUACGGCAUCAUGUUAAACAAAUGGGUGCUGCAGACCUACCAGCCGGACUUCAUGAAGAGCCCCCUGGUGUACCAUCCUGGCCACCGCGCUCAAGUGUGGCGAUUCUUCAGCUAUAUGUUCAUGCACGUUGGCUUGGAGCAGCUGGGCUUCAAUGCUUUACUGCAGCUGAUGAUCGGCGUUCCGUUGGAGAUGGUCCAUGGAAUUUUACGGAUAAGCCUGCUCUACAUGGCUGGAGUACUGGCUGGCUCGCUGACGGUGUCCAUCACGGACAUGCGCGCUCCCGUGGUGGGGGGCUCCGGGGGGGUCUAUGCACUCUGCUCGGCCCACCUCGCCAACGUCGUCAUGAACUGGGCCGGGAUGCGCUGUCCGUACAAGUUGCUCCGCAUGAUCCUGGCUUUGGUCUGCAUGAGCUCGGAGGUGGGGCGUGCUGUUUGGCUCCGCUUCUCCCCACCCCUUCCCUCAUCGGGACCCCAGCCCAGCUUCAUGGCACACCUGUCGGGGGCUGUGGUGGGAAUCAGCAUGGGCCUGCUCAUCCUGCGCAGCUACGAGGAGAGCCUCCAGAAGCAGUGCUCGUGGUGGGUCAUCAUCUUCUCCUUCAUCACCUUUCUCCUGUUUGCCAUCUUCUGGAAUAUCUUCGCUUAUGAGCUUUUAGGCGUCCAGAUCCCUCCGCCCCCCUGAUGAAGGCCUAUCCCCUCAAAAUACAGACUUCUACUUAGCCCCCCUAUAUGCUGGGUUUCAGAUGACAUCACAACAUUUUAUAGGUCUGUAGUGAGUAAGUAAGUUGUGGGCAGGCGACAAAACAAACUAAAAUGCACAUUGUUAGUGCUACAUGAUCAGGUUCAACAGUGUUUUAAUUUUGGAUAUUUUUUAAAAUCAUAAGUAACAGGAAUUACUGGCUCCUGUCCCCCGAGAGAGUAACAUCACAUUCCAGAAUCUGUCUGACAAGAAUCCUUUUUACAGUACUUUGCAAAUCAAAGAAAUAUGUCUCUUUUAUUAAAGAGGGUGUAUCAGUAGCAACAAGUACAGGUCACAAUCCUCAAAUACUUUUUGAGGAGCCUUCUGUGUAUGUUUUUAUAUACGUUUCAGUCAUAUCACCAGCUUUAAGUGAGCAUUUAAGUACUGUGCUCUUUACAUCUCAUAUUUUGUUAGUUUAGAAAAAGUUAGAAGGAAAACUCCAACAGUUGAAGGAAUUGAAUCUAAAUCAGUUUUACCCUUGUAUGAAAAAUGAGUUUUAGCACAACCGCUAAAGACCAUUUGUUUCCAAUAGGAGGCAAUAUAGCAAAUAUUAAAGUAGCAGUAAUUAGUAGCAAAGAGAAAAAUGAUACCUGCCUUAUUUAAAGUGUUCGCUGUUACAGGUGCUUUAAUUUGAAGACAUGUGUAAAAGUUGAUCUGACACCUCAUUUCCCAAUAUAGGGAAGAAAUCUAGUAUAUCUAUCCAUAUAGUUGAAGACAUUUUCUCUCGUAUUAUUUUACAUUGAACUUACACUGUGCUACAGCAUAUUUGACACAACAGAAAUAGAUAGUUAAAAAAAAAAAUUAAAGCUGAAAUUCUGGAUGGUGAUUACUCCAGCAGCAGGUUUUUGAGUCCUAUAUAUUUACAAAGGCACAUAAAAUAUGCCAUGUGACUCUGUGGAGGACACAGAUGUCCUUGAAACAGGCAAACUAAACAGUUUUUAAACGUCAAAAUCACAAUCCAAAUACUAGCUUCUGCCGUUGUGAUGGACUUGACUGGGGCUCUGUCAUCGCCUGACCUUUGACCUUCUCUCAGAAGUAUUGGAGUCUUGGUUAGACCCAGUCUUUACCUCAUUCUUAGGGACUGUAUACUUUUGUAAAGGAAUGUAUCUAUAAGAAAAACAGUGUUCUAAGUUGUUCCUUUGGUUUGAUGUGGAUGUGUAUAUUGUAUGUUAAUAACUAAGAGUAUAUUUAUUAUUUGUAUUUCCCUCAUUCAUUGGAAAAACCUAUGUUUCAAAUGGUGCAGAAAAAAAAUGAUGCCAUGAUUGUUCUUCUGAAAAUAGUCCAUGAGGCCAAACUGGACAACCCAUUUGGUUUGUUUACUGUUUAACAGAAUAAGCCAUAGAAAGAACUUAUCAUACAAGGAUUUUUGGUUUGAGUGUUUGGCAACCUUAGCCAAAACCUCAUUGUUUUCAUAUGAAAAGGAUAAACUGUGUGAGAUAUUUUCAUGUAGCGAACCUCAUUUUUACAGCUUAUUCAUUUACCACUAAUAUAAGAUGCAGCUAUUUUUGCCAAGUGCCAAGUCCUCAACUUUAUCCCCAAUUCCUUGUUAUAAUAUAUGAACUCUACAAAGGAGAAGAGAGCAAUUAGAUUUACAUGCUUUAUAUUUUUACAGUUAUUGAAUCAAUAGUUAAUUUGACUGUCCACUGGAUUCUGGUGCCAAGAGUUAUAGAUUUGCCAAUUCUGACAAUGGGUCAUAAAUACAGUUCAGAGCAUUCGCUUCUGCAUCAAAGUGUCCAGAGAUAUGUUGUUAGUGUCUUGCUCAGUAUAAAAAGACAAGAAUAAGCCAUUUUCACAUAAUAAGACAGUAUUCACAGGUAACGAACCUUUGAUGGAAAAUGACGUAUACUAGGGCAUAUUAUUGCUUGGGAUAGCAGAGUUACAUGAUGAAUAAUGCAUACAAUGAAGAUGAAGGCAGCACCAGAGAGGAGGUUAAUGUGCCUCUUUAACUCUAGUUUUAUAGGAUGUAAAAAGGGCUAGUAAAAAAGGCUGUGUCUUUGAACAUCACUUUAGCUGUUAAGAUCCCCCUCCCCUCCCUGUUGAAGACAGAAACCAAACAGGAUAGGCAUUCCUCUGAACAAGUUGAUACUAUUAUUAAUAGGUCAUCAAGUAAAAAGUGAAACCUGGAUUAAACUCUAGUUACUACAAUGAUGAUUGUAGCAGAACUGACUCAACUGUAGAUGCCUGUCAGGUGCACAUCAGUAACAAGAAGAACUUUAAGGAAAACUGUAAACAUAACAUUGUACUUUGAUAAACUUCUGACAGUCUGCAUGAUUAUAAUUUAAUUGCUGUUGUUUUUUUUCUUAUUAUUUUGAAGAUCAGAGCAAAUGCCUGUGGGUCUAUUGUGAUUCCCAUAAGACAUGUUUUACUUGAUAUACUCAUAUGUGCCAUAAUCUUAACUGCCAUAGACAUCCUGCAGACCUAAUUAGUAUACCUCCCCUAUGCUAAUUCAUAGUACUGUUACGCCCAAUGCCUUGGACUGCGCACAGUGUAGGAAGGCUGCUUUGCUGUUUGCUGCAUGCACGAUAUACAAUAAUUAACAAGAAAAAAUGAAAACAAAUUAAAGUCACACUGCAAAAUAUCUUAAGUUCAUUUUAACUACAGUCGCUCCCCUCAGUCUAAUUUCUGAGGCAAGAGUGAGUAAGAGUGACCCUCAUGACCCAACUGGGCAAGGAAGGCAGCCAGAUAAUAAUAUUGUAGGUUACCUGCUAAUAAAGCUUUAGUUCAAAGUGCCAAAAUGACCUUAGACAGAGUCAAAUUAGUUGUGCAGGAAAUAUGAAAUUAUUAGUCACAUUAACAUGACUGACAAGCACUGAGGAGUUUAUGUCAGUAUUUAUACUGUCUAAACUGCUAUGGGUAAUAUGAAGUUUCCAUUUGUCUGAAGUGAAGUGGAGAUUUGUUUAAGAUCAGAUUCAGAUAUCUGUGCUGCUGCGGUCGUCCUCAUGAGCUGCUCACUUUUAUCAAUGAAACAGGUGCCAAGCUACAGGUCCAGCCUCUCACAGACCUGAGGUUGUGCCAACAGCGUUUACACAAAGAACAGGCAGAUGAAGCUAUUUUUCUCCUGAUCAUGAAUCUAAAGGAAAGCUAAAUUUACAUAUGGAUAAUGUAUAUAUAUAUAUAUCAAAGUCCUCAUUAAUGAUUCACUCUAUUGUACUUUUUAAAAGUUCUGAACAGAACAAUUUUAUAUUGUAAAUAUGUACAUAUAUACAUAUAUAUAUUGUUUUAUUUUGUACCGUUCGUUGUACUUUGCUUUAAUUUAAAACAAUAUAAAUAAAGAAUACUGUGGCAACAUCCC